AGCUACCUGGAGCAACACCUCUGCCCCUCCUACUCUCAUUUCCUGCUCCUUUCUACUCCCUCCGAACCGCUUCACAGCUUCAACCAAGAUGACACUUCGUUUCUCCUUAACAGCUCCUGUCAAAAUUGCACCAAAAGUAAACCAGGAUCCCUCCCUGGCUUGGCUGGAAUCUUCAUCCCACUCAUUUAUGGCAUCGUUUGUGUCGUUGGCUUGGUGGGAAACACUCUGGUCAUCCAUGUUGUUGUCAACUACACAAAACACGAGUCAGUCACAAACAUCUACAUCCUCAAUCUAGCCAUUGCAGAUGAGCUUUUCAUGCUGGGCCUACCCUUCUUGGCGGUACAGAACGCUUUGCUCUCGUGGCCUUUCGGCUCUCUGAUGUGCCGAGUGGUUAUGACAGUGGAUGCCAUCAACCAGUUUACCAGCAUCUUUUGUCUAACUGUGAUGUCAGUGGACCGAUACCUGGCUGUGGUGCAUCCCAUCCGCUCUUCUUGGUGGCGGCGCCACGUGGCUAAGGCUAUCAGUGGCACCGUUUGGGCGGGGUCCUUUGUGGUGGUGCUGCCGGUAGUGGUGUUCGCGGACGUGCUGAAGGAUGAUGGGAACUGCAGCAUCGUGUGGCCUGAACCAGCAGAAGUGUGGAAGACAUCGUUUAUUGUCUACACGUGCACUGUUGGAUUCUUCUGCCCCCUGCUGGUCAUCUGUUUGUGCUACCUGCUGAUCGUCAUCAAGGUAAGAAGUGUUGGAAAACGGGCACAGGCCACAUCCUCCAGACGCAAGAAGUCAGAGCGUAAAAUCACCCGGAUGGUAGUUGUUGUUGUGGCGGUGUUCAUCUUCUGCUGGCUGCCGUUCUAUGUUCUCAACAUUCUCAACCUCCUUGUGGUCCUGCCUGGAGACUUCAGGGGCCUCUACUUCUUUGUUGUUGUUCUUUCAUAUGCCAACAGCUGCGCCAACCCCAUACUCUACGGAUUUCUGUCUGACAACUUCAAGAGGGGCUUCAGGAAGGCGCUGUGCCGCACGUCGCGCAGAGUGAACAGCAACGACAGAACCGGCAUCGAGGCCCAGAGGCCCACGGAGGAGUGGGGCGGCAUUGUUCUCCGACAGCAAAUAAGUGAGGGAAUCACUCACGUGCAUGGGAAAGAAAGUAGUAGAAAUGAAGAAGAGGAGGAAAUAGGUGGGAUAGAAGGUGCUAUACAGAUGAGAGAAAUCUGUAAGACAUCACAGAAUGGGAAUCAGAACGGAGUGAAAGAGGACUCAAGGACACAGGUCACACAGAGGGGUACACGUGACCAGGGUGCAAGCUUUAAUCCUGCUGAGGGAGUGUCCUCUUUGGCCAGUAAGAGAAGUAGGUCACCUGAAGAAUUCCUGGACCAAAACUCUGUGCUUGAUAUCAGCUACCUGUAACAGAAAUUUGCCCAUUUUCAGUGGAUUUGGGUACCUGCUGUAUUACAGCGUCUUUGAAGUUGGUUUUAAUGCCAGUUUAUGGUAACAGUCUGGCAUCAUUAAUGCAAGUGUUUUGCCACAAAAUAAAAGGGUAACAACUUAAUCUAACCAUGAGAAACUAUAGCGGCAGGCACAAUGAAACCUGAAGGACACAACAAACACACAAAGAUGCCUGAAUGACCACUGUUUGUAAGUAUCGCUGUUAUUUUGAACCAGACUGUUACUUCUGAAACUUCUUGUGCUGAAAUGGCUAAUGCACUAAAUGAAUCAUGCCCCAGUGGGAAACCACAUGACUAAUGACCCACUGUGGAAUGAAAAAAUGUCAGCUGUUUACUUUUAUUGCGUUGGCUUUUGAGAGCAGCCCACAAAGAUAAUUAGCACUGUUUUCAGAAAACACGCGUCUCAGUCAGGCUUGUGUGCAUCAUUUUCACCUGAAUUAGUGUACAUGUGUGGAGAUCAACCAAUUACUUUUCUUUUUUAAGGUUAACUAAAACCAUGCUUUAGGUCGCAGCUUAAGAACAAGUGUAAUAAUAAAUGUACUUGCUAGUGACCUAAAUAGACUGUUGUUAAAAAUCUCUACAUUAAUUGUGAUUUUUAUUCAACUUUGAAUGUUUAAUGAGUUUAAUAAGUCGAAGUGCAAUUUUUGUUAAUUUUGUAAAGCUAUAUAUUUAGAGUGCUCAAAAAUAAAGGAACACUUUGAAAGCACAUCAGAUCUCAGCUGAUAAGGACUGGGUAACGUGUUAGAGAUAAAGAAUACCAUAUCAAUUGAUGGAAAUUAUCAGCCUACAGAGGACUGAAUUCAAAGGCUCUGCCAAGCAUAGGACCAGUCAAGAGUAUUAAUUCUGUCAGGAAACUGCCUGCAUACUCUCACUGCAAGAGGAACCCAGGUCCUACUGCAGCAGCGUGGGGGCUGACAGUGGAUUCAAGGAUUUCAUCCUGAUACCUAAAGGCAGUCAGGGUGCUGUUGCUUAGUCUGUAGAGGUCUGUGCAUCCCUCCAUGGUUAUGUCUCCCCACACCCACUGUGCCAUCAUGAAGGAGCUGGACUGCAUCUCUGUUAGGUCCUGGUAUCACCUCAUGCUACCAGUAGUGACACUGACACUUUCCAGGUGCAAAACCAGUGAAAAACAGUCCGCAAAGACAAGAUUCCUGUUUUUGUGCCUGCCUCAUUGUUACCCCUCUAGUGCACCUGUUGUUAAUUUUAUUAACACCAAAGCAGCUGAAACUGAUGAACAACCCCCUCUGUUGCUUAACCAGAUCAAUAGCCCACAAGUUUAAAACCUUAUUUUGUACUUUGAUUAAAGUGUUCCUUUAACUUUAGCAUAAUGAGCAGCAUAGUUUUCAGCAUUACACAGUGUUAGUCAGUGUAAAGAAACUGAGUCACAUUGAAAAAUUAAGACGUUUUGUCAUUUAUUGUGAUCUUGGUGUUUUACGUCUUGUUUAAGUCUUUUUUCCACUAUCAAAACUUUGUAUUAUCAGUGAUGUUUUUAAUGCUAUGGUGAAGUAUUAAAGCCAAGUAGUGACAGUAGGCUAAAUAAAUGUUUACUGUAACCAACUAGAAUGUUUAAAAAAAGAAAGAAAGAAAAGGUAUUGUAUGAAAAAAAAAGUCAUGUAACCUACUUCACAACAUAUGGACAUGU